GCUGAUCAGAGGGAAAUGCAAGUGCCGGGCACUGAUGAUCAGUGCCCUGAUGAUCGGUGCCCAGCAGUGCCACCCGCAAGUUCCGCCCACCUGUGCCCAGCAGUGCGCCCACUAGCUCCGCCCACCGGUGCCCAGCAGAUCACCCACCUGUGCCCAGCAGUGCACCCACCUGUGCCCAGCAGUGCACCCACCUGUGCCACUCUGCAGUGUCACACACCUGUGCCCAGAUGUGCCACCUACCUGUGCCCAGCAGUGCCACCCACCUGUGCCCACCCACCUGUGCCCACCAGUGCCACCCACCUGUGCCCACCCACCAGUGCAGCCCAGCAGUGCUGCUGCGCAGCGGUUGUGCCAGUCAGUGCCGCCAGUCAGUGCCCAGCAGUGAUGCCAGUCAGUGCCGUCUAUCAGUACCCAUCAUCAGUGUCACCUAUCAGUGCCGCCUAUCAGUGC